CACACUCUGUUUUUCUCUCUCUCCCUCUCUCCCCCUCUCAAUGAAUAUCCCCCAACCCUCCCGGAGGCAGUCGGUUCGAGAGUCCCGUUAUGACCCUCUCGGGAUUGUGUGUGUAUAUAUGUGGGCGGCCAUCUUGGUUUCCUCAAAUCCCCUUGGAAUGACGCCCUCUCGCUUCCGACCCUUCCUCGCCCAUGCCCCUUGUCAUCCUGUACAUCCCAGCUUGGUUCACCCCACCCGCCGGGACCCCCAUCUCAACACCAAACCCCUCCCCCACCCCCCGACUCUAGCAUGGGGCUGGAUGGGUCAAAUGGCCUCAUGCUGUGAAUGGAUUUGGAGGUCCAAUCAUCAGCUUCUGUCCCGUUGAUGUUUUUUCCUUCUCUCCCUAGAAAUUUCUGGACGAUGACGGCCGCGCCCCGCUGCCACGUGAUGUGGUUCCUGGAGAGCGUAGGCCGCACAAUGACGGGACCCAGCGACGGAGGGAGGAGCCGAGGGCGGCGCCAUCGUCCGGGGCAGGCACAGGGUGGCCACCCGAACGUGCUGACCCCGGACAGGAUCCCCGAGUUUUUCAUCCCGCCCUCGCUCGCCCCCGGGAGGGUGUCUCCCUCCCGCCCGCGGAGGGAGCGGCCCACCCGUGGCGAAAGGGAGGGAAAGGAGGAGGAAGAGGGGCCUGCAGGCCUCAUCCCGCGGCGCGCUAACCCUGGGGAGAUUGUCUGCCUUUCUGAGAGCCCGCACACCCGCCGGAAGGAGUCACUUUUCCAUGGCCCCGAUCUCUGCCACCCCGGGGAGAGCUCUCCCAAGGCCUGGUACAGGGCCCCGAGCCUGAGCACUAGGCCUGAGUCUCAGGCCCGAGAAUCAAGCCUGAGCACGAGGCCCGAGGCUUGGAGUUUGAACACUAGGCCCAAGGCUCAGAACUGGGCUCAAAGCCUGAGGCCUACGCCGGAGGCCCGGAGCCUGAAUACUCGGCCUGAGGCCCGAAGCUGGACCCAAAGCCUGAGGCCUAGGCCCAAAGCCCAGAGCCUGAAUACUAGGCCCAAGGCCUGGAGCUGGGCCCAGAUGUUGAGAUCCAGGCCUGUGUCCCAGAGCUGGGCACAGAGCCUGAGGCCCGGAGGCCUCCCGGACAGCGACACCGCCUCCUCCUCGGCCGAGUCCUCACCCUUCAACUCUCCCUCGCCCGCUCGCCUGCCACACCGGGCCCUCACUGUAGACGGCGACGACAGCAGCUCGUCCGAGAGCAGCCCCGUGGUCCCCCGGAGGGCUGGGCGGGAUUUGGGAGGGCCCCUCCGCUACCCAGCAACCACCCGACGGCAGCACCGGUGGGGCCCGGCGGAGGAGGAGGAGGGGUGCUGGGUCACUCUGGACACCGGGGGCAGGCUCCUUCUGUUGUCAGAAUACAUGGCAGAGAGCCGGCUCCUCCGCGUGAGGCUGGUGAGCGGGCGGGGCCUGUACCCGGACUCCUUCCCCGCCGCAGAGGUCAGCUGCUGCGCUGCCCUCUGCCUCUUGCCCGGGAGGACCCAGCAGCAGCGGAGCACUGUUGUCCGGAGGAGCCAGAGCCCAGUCUUCGACCAGGAGUUCGUCUUUGAGGGGGUUGCCGUGGGUGACCUCCAUGACAAGGCCCUGGGCCUAAAGGUCAUCAACAAAGGCUCCAGGAUGAGGAGGGACUGCGUUUUGGGACAGAGCCAACUAGGCCUGGCGGCCAUCUUGUCUGGCAACCACACAUUGGCCAAGGGUUAGACCCAGAGUGAGUGCGAGGGUCGAGGGAGGGGGACUGAUGGAGGGGGAGCGAUCCCUCGCCUGCAGGCCAAUGUUAGGAAACUUUAUGAUUUCCGUCCGUUUCUCUGCUUUUGUAAUAAAUCGUUGCCAUUGACGACGC